GACCUCAGCGAAAGACUACCUUAGAACAAGAAUUUUUAUUAACUGUCAUGAGAUUGCGUCUGGGAUUGCUCAUUAAGGACUUGGCUUUUAGAUUUCAAAUUUCAACCACCAGAGUUUCUCAAAUCUGGAUAACUUGGGUCAAGCUUUUAUCGAAAGAACUACGGCACCUCAUUAUAUGGCCAUCUAAAGGUCAAAUAUAUGCUACUUUACCAGAUGCCUUCAAACGCUUUUAUCCAAAAGUCAGAGUCAUCAUUGAUUGCUCAGAAGUUUUUUUGGAGACGCCGUCAUCUCUGGAGGUUGGUGCAUGUCUUUGGAGUGAUUACAAGCACCAUUACACUUUCAAGUUUUUAAUAGCCAUCACACCAAAUGGAGCAGUUUCAUGGAUAUCUCCAUGUUAUGGUGGAAGGACAAGCGAUGUUUUUAUUGUUAGAAACUCUGGAUUUUUAGACUUACUUGAACCUUAUGACACUGUUAUGGCAGACAGGGGUUUUAAGAUAAAGUCAGACCUCACAAUGAAGAGAUGCUAUUUAGCAAUCCCUCCAAGUGCAGCUAAAGGCAAUCAAAUGAUAUCAGAUGAUGUCGCUGUUACAAGUAAAGUUGCCAAUGUAAGAAUCUUUGUUGAAAAAGCCAUUGCAAGAGUUAAAUGGUUUAGAAUUUUAUCUACUGAACUUACUAUGUUGGAACUGCCAUUGGUUGAUGACAUUCUUAUAAUAUGUUGUGCAUUAGUGAACUUAUUUCCUCCAUUGCAAGCUGAGAAAAUUGACAUUGACACAUGAAUUGCACAUAAAUUUCCCAAGACAUUAUUCAAGGGAAUGCAGAAAUAUUACAGUGGUUUUACAGUGGUUUUACAGUGAUUUUAAUCAUAUAAGUCAUGAUUUAGGAACAGUUACUAUUUUUAGACUUUUAGGGUUUGGAUUAUGGUUUGGAUUAGGAUUAUGGUUUGGAUUAGGAUUAAAAUUAGGGUUAGGAUUAGUAAGAGUUAGGAUUAAGGUAAAGGUUAAACCUUUAAGUCUCAAUGCCCAGAUGUAUCGUACUUUAUUAUUUUGUUGUCUAAAGCCAGAUGAUUUUAAUUGCGAGGGAGAGAGUGCUGCCACUCAAUGGGUUAAAAUAUAAAAGAAUACAAAAUUACAAAAGUCUAAAAAUAUUAACUGUUCCUAAAAUGUGACAGGUAUACUGUCAAUUAACAGAAAUGUUUGUUUAACAACCAUUCUCCAUCCACAACAUCAUCAAGCCCUUGACACUUCAGGUGAUACCAGCAAUUACACUGGUCACAACAAAUACUUCUAAGAUCAAGUUCAUUCUCUGCAAUUUCAUUUUCUUCAAAUAGUACUUUUUCACAUGAUCCACAAAACUCGAUAGGGUUCAAUCUCAAAAUUCUCUCAGCCACAUAACUUUUAAAAAAUAUUUCCAAGUUUGUAGAUACAGCUUCCCAAUGAUUUUUGUUGAACUCAAUGUUUUGCACAAGAAUGUCUUGGGAUGUCCAGACAACAAAAUAUCCACAUGUAGAAUUGCUUAGAGCAAUCUGGGAAUUAAUUUGUGUGUAAUACUUGUGACUUGUCUUAAGAACAAUUGAAUCAUCUUCCAAUGUCAGAAAGUCACACUUUCCAUAUCCAUCAGCUAUUUUACUAUCCUUUAUACUGAAUGGGCACUUUAUUUCAAUGACAGCUUUACCGUGGCAUUUGCAGUACAGUAUUCCAUCUGGGGAUGCACCAAUGUAUGCCCUAUUUUUGUCCAAAUAGAGUCCACUUUUCUCAAGCUUGAAGUCAAUAUGUUUUGUUGCUUCUAGAGCAUAGAACUCUUUAAGUGCUUCUUCUUCUCUGCAUUUCCCCCAUUGGACAGCUGCAACUUUGUCCAACUUUUUGUCUUGGCACAAUAAACUUGAAACUAAUGGAGUAGUCUUUGGUUUGACAGGAGUUCUGGUUUUCAUUAUUGUGUUAAUUUUGGUAUAAUAUUCAUGGUGUUUUGAAGCUGUCAGUCGUCCUUUUCGAUGUUCAAUCCAUUCCUUAGAGUUUGAUUGGUUUCGUGUGCAUCUCACAACAGCUGCUCAUUCUUUUUCAGAGAAACAAAGUUUUUUUAAAAGUGUUGUCAUCUUUUCAUCUUUAUCUUGACAACCAAUUGAGACCUCAUUUGCUAUAUUUAUCACAGUUAAAUUAUGACAUGUCACUGAAUCAAUAGACAUUCCCUCGAUAGACUUAAAAAGUACAGCAGUUGGAUUAGACUUUUGUAUUCCAUUUAAUAAAAGUGUCAAACGCUCAUUAGUCAUAUUUUGUUGCAAUUUUUCCCUGGGGUCAAACUUAUUCAAUUCAGCCAUCCUAACUUCUUCCCUAUUUGAACUGGUAGCUUGUUUUGACCUUAGUUUUUUUCUGACAACAAUGUCAGCAAUCUUUUUAGGUUCAAUAAUAGUUUUUGUUGACUUAUUCCAUCCACAGGGAAUAGAGGUGCAAGCAGGAGAACAAAAUCCUUGAGAGUUAGCAUAUUCUACUUUGUACAAUGUUGCUAUUAUAUGAUUGCAACAUCCACUGGCACCUGCCAUACAAGAGCACCAAGCAGUAAGAACUUUACCAUCAGGUUGUGUUGCAACCCAAAGGUCUUUUUCUUCAUUUAUAGACAUGGACGCUCUUACAUUACAAAGUAAAAUUAUGAAAGGGCCUGUCUUAUUCGUCAGUAUUUCUCCAACAAAGCCGCUGUCAAAAUAGCUGUAUGCUUUUUGGUCCUUGUAUUUGCCGAUAUACUCAGUGUCGAAUUCCCUUUUGUUAAGUAUGUACUGAAAAAAUUUGUCCCAAAGUGACUGGUGGCCAGGUAGUCAAAUUAUCAAUUUUCUGAUCCUCUGAGAUUAGCUUCGGAUCUGGUAAACCAAACUCAUCAAGUUUUUUCGCAUAGUCAUUUUUUAAAACUUUAGUUUGUUCAUCACAACUCAUAAUGAUUGGAAGAUCCAUUUCCGCGGCGGAAAAUGCUCGUGCAAUCAAUUCUGCUUUUUUGUAUCCACUCACCGAUAUUCCUCUCACUGUAAGAUAAUCCUGAAGAGCUUGAACAUUCAUAUUAAAAAACCGUUCAUAAGAAGACGAUGCCAUAGGAUAUUUGAUACAUUAAAAUCAAUUAUUAUAAAUUAUAAAAUUCUAAUUGUGAAAUUCUAUACGGCCAUCUUGGGUUCAAAGUUCAACUUGCUACCCACGCAAAAUAUCGGCGAUAACCCGGAAAUCAUUUAUUGCGAUUACAUGCACCGCGCUAACCCGGCUAGCCGGGCUGAAGUAUAGCUCAUUAAUGCUUAAUUAACAAUUUAAUACUCGGUGUCAGAAAUCGAUUAAAAAUGGUGUAUUUGCAUGUUGUAUUUGAGGACAAUUAUACCCACUGAAUGUUGUUGGUUGAGGUAUUUAUACUUAGCGCUGAUCCCAACAGGCUUAUACUGUUUGUAUUCUAACAAAAUUGUGUCGCUUCCUGUCUAAACCUUGAAAACGUUCAUUAAUAUCAUUUUGUACAUAUAAUCGAAAUUAAAACAUGCUUAAGUGUGGUUUUCAGCCCGCUUUGCCGAGCCAACUCGGCAAAAAGCGAUUACAUGGGAUGUGUGGGCAAUUUCUGUCCCGGCUAGCGAGUUGACUCG